AUGUGGAACAUGCACCAGGUUGGGUAUAGUCUUAAAUGCGCCAUCGGCUUCCAAGCCAACUUCGUCAACGACUGGAAUAUACAACUCUGUAUCGUUACAGCAAACAGAAAUGGAUGUCUUCUAUUCUACCUAUUGGGAAGACCGUUGUCUACCAGCAUUGCAUCCACUAUUUCAGUCCGUAUCCAGGCUCGUCGGGAAAUUCCCAACGUUAAAGGAUGCCGUGCUCGCUUUAUCCUCAUGCAAUCUGAGUCGUGUGAAUGCAGAGCGCAGGGGCUGGCCGCAAUCAGCUAUAUGGGCAUCUACGCUCCGAAUUCCACACAUCAGGCCAGGAACCAGCUAUACUAUUCGUCGGCAAUUCAUAAAUUUACGAAGCUCGGCCAAAACGAGUACCGAUGCAACUUCGCCAUUGUAUUGCUAAUUCUCGUCCUCUUCGCUCAUAUAGAGUCAUCAAGGGGCAAUUACGGGGGGUUCAACUGCCAUGUCAGAGGGCUAGCUACUUUUCUCGAUAGUGACGCUGGAAACUCAAACGGGGACCUAACUCUGUUGAGGACGAUUGUUACGGCUUGGAUGCAGCCUCGGUUCCAAGUCUGGUGGGCACGAUCAUACUUUAGUACAUUGGAUGUGCAACUGCAACAGCCACGCAUCGUCAUGCUCCAUGUGCUUCAAGGGGGCUUCUUUGGGUCAACUCCUGAGCGGCGAAUUUCAGUGUUGAGUGUUAUGUUCGCUCAAUUUGCAUCACACGACUCCGCCCUGAACUACGCCUACUACGUUUUAGCACGCAUCAUGCAAUGUACAGCGAUUUUCCACAGUCUACAGUCCGGGGAAUCCCAAUAUUUAGGCCAUGAAUGCUACGAAGCAGAACCCUGGGGCAGACUACUCCUAAGGAUUGCCAAAGCAAUCGAUACGAGGGCGUGUAUCCACCAGAACACCUGGACUAUCGGCUUCUCUGGCCUCUUCCUGGCCGCACUACUCCGGUGCCGGGAUGCAGCUUCUGGUAUAUGGAUCGAGCAUUGGCUGCAGAAUCUCAGCGAUAUACAUCCAACAGAGGAAGGAUCUUUCCCAGUAUACCAAGCAUUGGCGGUGGCCAGAGCCAUCAAUCAGCAGAGGAUGAUCGCAAGAGACGUGUUUGCCGUAUCCCAGCCGCUGGAUGAUGGAGGAGGCACUCCUAAAUUCACCUCGUAUAACAGUCAAAUGAUCGAUAAGCUGUUGAUUCAUGGGAGAUGUCGGGCCACAGGGGAGCUGUUUACGGAUUGCAUAUCGAUUUGA